UAGUUUACUCACUUGUCAAACACAAAACUUUCUCUCUCUUUCUGUCUCUCUCUCGCUCAUUCCUUAACUCCGCGGCUUAGAUCCGAGGAGUUUGGGAAACCCUAAUUUUCAGAAAACAUACCAAAGCUCUCUUCGGUCGCUCUCUCUUCGCUUUCACCUUCUCACCGAUCAUCGGCAGUCAUGGCAGCUCCAGAAGGAUCACAAUUUGAUACUCGUCAGUAUGAUUCCAAAAUGACUGAGCUACUUGCAACUGAUGGGCAGGAAUUCUUUACAUCAUAUGAUGAAGUUUAUGAUAGUUUUGAUUCUAUGGGUCUGCAAGAGAAUCUUCUGAGGGGCAUUUAUGCUUACGGUUUUGAAAAACCCUCAGCUAUUCAGCAAAGGGGAAUUGUUCCAUUCUGCAAGGGUCUUGAUGUUAUUCAACAGGCUCAGUCUGGAACUGGGAAGACAGCGACUUUCUGUUCUGGUAUUCUUCAACAGCUUGAUUAUGGGUUGACAGAAUGCCAGGCCUUGGUUCUUGCCCCAACUCGAGAGCUUGCUCAACAGAUUGAGAAGGUCAUGAGGGCUCUGGGAGACUAUCUGGGUGUGAGGGUCCAUGCUUGUGUUGGUGGAACCAGUGUUCGUGAAGACCAGCGCAUUCUGUCAAAUGGGGUUCAUGUUGUUGUGGGCACUCCUGGUCGUGUUUUUGACAUGCUAAGGAGACAGUCGCUUCGUCCCGAUAACAUCAAAAUGUUCGUUUUGGAUGAGGCUGAUGAGAUGCUUUCCCGAGGUUUCAAGGAUCAGAUCUAUGAUAUAUUUCAGCUUCUGCCAUCAAAGAUUCAGGUUGGGGUGUUCUCUGCCACAAUGCCACCUGAGGCCCUUGAGAUCACAAGGAAGUUCAUGAACAAACCUGUGAGGAUUCUUGUGAAGCGUGAUGAACUCACCCUGGAGGGUAUCAAGCAAUUUUAUGUCAAUGUUGACAAGGAGGAAUGGAAGCUUGAGACUCUUUGUGAUCUUUAUGAAACUUUGGCCAUUACCCAGAGUGUCAUUUUUGUCAAUACUCGACGCAAGGUUGAUUGGUUGACUGACAAAAUGCGGAGCCGAGACCAUACAGUUUCUGCCACCCAUGGAGACAUGGACCAGAACACCAGAGACAUCAUCAUGCGGGAGUUCCGUUCUGGGUCAUCUCGUGUCUUGAUCACCACUGAUCUUCUGGCUCGUGGUAUUGACGUUCAGCAAGUCUCCCUUGUUAUAAACUAUGACCUGCCUACCCAGCCAGAGAACUACCUACACAGAAUUGGGCGUAGUGGACGAUUUGGCAGGAAGGGUGUUGCCAUCAACUUUGUAACAAAGGAUGAUGAGAGGAUGCUGUUUGACAUCCAGAAGUUCUAUAACGUGCUUGUGGAGGAGCUGCCAUCGAAUGUUGCUGAUCUCCUCUGAUGAGAUUUUGUCCUCUUUAGAAAAUUACCAAGGAAAAGCUGGUUUCUGCUUAGUAGUAAGUGUUGUUUUGUUUGAAGUUUAUUUUCUGUUUUUCGUCGUUCCAGCCGCCACAUCCACCAUUUUGUGUCUUCUCCUAUUAUUAUUAUUAUCUUAUCAUUAUUAUAGGUCUAGUUCUUUUAUAAUUCAUGGUUGUUGGAUGCUAUUUUAAGUGGUACAAGUACACUUGCAAUGUGAAAACCAUCAUUGCCUUGAUCGGUUGUGGUAGCAACUGUUGUUUCAUAACAUAUCUUCUAGCUACUAAUAUGUAUGUAUUUUUUGAGUUGAACUUUGGUUUUUUUGAUGUUUUAAUUUUGGUUUUGAUGGCUGUUGUGAUUCGAUGAUUGUAAUGGAUGGUCAAACGCCAGUUUUGUAGAA